AUGGUGGGGCUCGCCGUCGCCGCCAGCCUCCGGGAGCAAGGGGUGCCUCCCUUUGUCGACCUGGAGCGCGUGGACAGCAUCGGCUCGCUCUGGCAGAAGCGCACCUACGACCGCCUCAAGCUCCACCUCCCCAAGCAGUUCUGCGAGCUCCCCAGGAUGCCAUUCCCGGUCAGCUACCCGCAGUACCCCACCUACAGCCAGUUCAUCGAGUACCUCCAGGCCUACGCCGCCGCCUUCGACGUCAAGCCGGAGUUCGGCAGCACCGUGCAGACUGCCCGAUUCGACGAGACAUCCGGCGUGCACUCCAGCUCCUCCUCCGGCGAGAGCAUGGAGUGCAUGGGCGCCAUGGCUCGUGGUCGCCUCCGGGGAGAUCGUGGUGCCCGACGACAUCCCCGGACGGGCACGUUCACGCUCAAGAACAAGAACAAGCACGGCCGGCCGGACCCCCGUGCUCGAGACCGGCGCCAUGGCUAG